AUGCCAGUCAGUGCUAUGCCUCGAGGACGGUCCCUGAGUCCAGCGUCACUGUCCAGGAGCCUCUCCCGGCUCCGGGAGUUCCGAACGCGGACUAGGAUCAUGCUGUCCCUCGGCGUCUCUCAGAUGGUUCUGGGGAGUCUAAUUUUGGCUGUUAGCUUCGCGGCGCUGGCACUAACUACCUCUCCGCGGGUCCGACACUCCUGUCCGUUCUGGGCAGGCUUCUCGGUGCUGCUAUCCGGCCUGAUCGGCGUGGUGUCAUGGAAGAGGCCACUCUCACUGGUGAUCACGUUCUUCAUGCUGUUGUCGGCGGUGUGUGUGAUGCUGAACUUGGCCGGCUCCAUCCUCUCCUGUCAGAACGCCCAGCUGGUCAACUCUCUCCAGGACUGUCAACUGAUUAAGUUUGACAGCGACGGCGUGUGUGUGUGUUGUGAGCUCCAACACCAGAGCUCCAGCUGCAGCAACUUGGGAGAGACACUCAAGCUCAACCCACUACGAGACUGCAACACCAUACGCCUACGACUCAAGGAGUUGUUGUUCAGCGUGUGUGCGUUGAAUGUCAUCUCCACCAUCGUGUGUGCGCUGGCCACCGCCAUGUGCUGUAUGCAGAUGGUCUCCGCUGACAUCCUGCAGAUGUUUAUGCCCCACAGGGCGAGGGCGUUGAGUGCGGACUGCAUGACCCCCCACGGCACCAUCCUGCACCAGACGCUGGACUUUGACGAGUUCAUACCGCCCAUCCCCCCUCCCCCGUACUACCCCCCCGAAUACACAUGCACCCCCAUGAUAGAGGGGCAGAGGAGUCUUCACCUGGACUUCCCCCACGCCCCCUUCAGUGCCAUCUACGGGGUGCCCAUCAACAGCCCCGGGUCCUUCUACCCCUCAGAGCUGCCCCCGCCCUACGAAUCCAUCGUGGGACACACACCAGCCAGCCAGGCCACUACCAGUUGUGAGCAUCAGGCUACUGAGUCCAGUCUGUGUGAUCGCAACACCACCGCCGGCCUCAGCACACAGGCCUCGGUGGACAGUGCCUCCCUGAUGGCGUCGGAGCUGGCCGACCUCCCCGACCGCGACGACGGCGGCGGCUUCUCCUCGGAGGACCUCUGCUCCCUGGAGGUGCAGGAGGGCUCCGACAUCGGCUCCCCGCUCGGAACGCCAACACAGACGCGCAACGGAACGCGGCGGAACACCCCGACCCCCACGGACGCCACCAGCUGCAACACCAGCCUGGACCCCAGCAGCUUCCGAUCCACACCGCAGAGAUUCCGGAACGCUGCCGCCGCCGCCAACGCCGCCCCUGGCGCCCCUGGCGCCCCUGGCGCCCCCACCACCUCCUCCUCCUCCUCCUGCCCGGCUGCUCCUCCCACCUCCAUCUCCUCCUCCUCCUCGCACUCCCGUUCCAGAGGAACGCGCCUCUGCUUCAGUGUCUGGUCCCCUUCCUCCUCCUCCUCCACCUCUUCCUCACACCCUCCGGGAUCGUCGGCGUGUGAUAGGCCGAGAGCGCUGCGUGCGGCGGCGGGCAGGAAGUACCGGAAGCUGGCCAGGAUGGUCCGCUCCACCAGUGACCCAGUGUCCUGCACAUCAGUCAACAGAGGUGAGAGCUGUGGAUGCACGUCUCCUGGUAACCAGGCAACAGCUGGCUCCUCCCCUCAGGUCUCACCUGGGCCAGAUUCUACAGAGCAGCUUCAAGCUACAGCAGCAUCUAUGCAGAAUCUCCACUCCAAACCCCCCAAUACCACCACCACCACCACCAGCAGCAGCAGCAGCAGGGGCCACACAGCGGGCGGCAAGCCCACCAAGGAGUGCAGCAAGGGGGGCACGAUCGGCCAGGAGGUGGGGGUACGAGGUGGUGAUGGUCUGAAGACACGGACGCUACCCUCCAACCCGACUCACACCUCCGUGACCCCCCAUGAGCGCCCCCACUCCCUCGCCGACCUGAAGACAUACAAGGACACCAAGAUCCUGGUUGCCAAGUUUCUGGAACACUCCAGCUGCGGGUUGCCCCCGGAGAUCCAGCAGGUGGUCAACAGCAUCCGCUACGUCAUCAAGUCCGACGAGAGACACAUGGACGAGGCCAUACUGAGCGCCAACAUCAUAGACCAGAUGAUGUCCCAGUCGCAUCAUCGUGGCACGGGGGUGUCCGCCAGCCCCAGGAAGCGUCCCCACCACCACUACCACCACCACCACCACCCCCUCCAUCACCACGAGGACCUCCACCUCCAGAGCUGCGGGGCCCUGAGCUCACCCUGCUCUCCCCUGCGACGGCCGUCCACUCCUGGGCUACCGAACCCCACCACCACCCCCUCCUCCGACCAGGACCAGAGCCAGCGCCAGCGCCAGGCCCCGUCCCAACCCACCACAGAACCCAGAUCCAGAUCUACAACCAACACCAAGGCCAACAGCAGUACCAGUCGCCCCCACAGCCUCGUCAGUGUGUGCAGAGAGACCAUUCUCUGA